GUCCAAGUGUCCUGGCCUGAGGUGUCUUCUGGUUCCCUCCAUUUCCCGGUGCUUCAAACUAAAGCCCAUUCAUGAAGGAUUUUAUAUCCAAGGCUUAAUAUUUUGUUACCCAAGAUGAUUAAUGCUGACAUGGAUGCAGCUGAUGCUAAAAAUCGGGUGGAACUGGAGGAAAAAACACAACUUAUUAAUCAAGGGUUGGAACUCCAAUACACACUUGAAGAUCUCCCUGCAAGAGUAGAUGCAGUUAAAAAAGAAAAUCUGAAGCUAAAAUCAGAAAACCAAGUUCUUGGACAAUAUAUAGAAAUCCUUAUGUCAGCUUCUAGUGUUUUUCAAAUAACUGACACAAAAAGCAAAAUAAAGUAAGGAAUUGAUACCCUCCUGUUUUAUGGAAUUGCUGCUGAUCUUUUUUUCUUUAAAACUUGGAUAGAUUCCAAAAGUUCCAGUACCUUUGUGGCUUCAUUGAAUAUUUAUGAAGAUAAUGUCAGAUGUAGGCAAAAUUAACAGCAUAACAGGAGACUUCCAUGAGUUUGUGUAUUAGUCUAUGAAAACAUGCAAAUGUAUUGCAGACACUUUAGAAUUGCAUAUAUAUGUGAAACUUAAAGAUGAAUGUUUUAUUGAAUUUGUUUUGAUUUGCAGGUGUAGCACUGUCUUUUAUUAUAGGCUUAGUAAGAUAUAUAAGAAAUAACCACCAUGUUGUGACAAAGUGACCAAAAUCAUGUACUGAAUGCACAGCUUAUGUACCCUGUCCACCAUCGUGUGCCUAUUCUUCAUUUGCCUCUUCCAUACUGUUUUCCUUUCCCCUAAUGAAAACAAUGGUUUCACAUUUG